CUCUCUGAUCCUUCUGCCUGUUUCUCCUUCCUGACGAGCAUCAGACGGACUCUCGAGGACGACAUGACUACUCCUACGGAUGAUAAAUACAUUUACUUUGUGCUUGUGGUGGAGAACAGCAUUGACCAACAGGAACUUACGGAGUACUACGUCGUUCACGUGGUUCCUGGAGGAAACCUGUUUGGAGGAUUAGAGAUGCUCCAGAAGGAAAACAACAAGUUUACGUUCACAUACACAGAGGAUCCCAACUAUGGCCCAUUCCUGGAAAGUGUGAACGGUGUUUAUGGGAACAAAGAAGAGCAGACCUACUGGCAGCUGCUGGAAAAGGAACCAAAUAAGGAGCCUGUGCCGCUCAGUGUUGGUAUGGGAUCUUACAUUCCCCGGGAAGGCGUUGCAGUCAUUUUAAAUUUUACAAGGUGGUAAAGAAUCAUCAGGUCGUCCAAACGGGAUCAGAGCCCAUCACGUUCAUGGAUGAUCAGCUACCAGCUUUUGUUCAUGAGUGACAAUAAA